AUGCAACAGUUUCAAUUGAAACUUAAACAACACAAACACAUUAUAAUUGCACCUAUUAUUUUGUUAAUAUUAGGUUUACCACGUCUUAUCAGUUCAUUCAAACUGGGAUGUAUGAAAUCACCACGUCAAUCUUGGUUAUAUUUAAUUGGCUAUUUAGCAGCCUUUGUACCACCAAUGUUAACAUUGUUUGUGUUUGUUUUACCGUCGAAAACAUACAGAAAUGAAUUCAAUAAAACAGUGCAAAAGUGGAUUCGACGAAUUCAUUUAAGAUCUUGA